UGCUUACCAUUGAAUUUCGUUGAACUAUCGAAUAGUUAAAUAGUCCUCCACGGCUCCACUCCCUUAGCCAACCACUGUACUCCACUACGUAUUCCAUAUCCAUUCUCAUUUCUCACAUCAUAAAUCGACACAAACAUAGAUAUUUUGGCCAAAUUUGUUUGAUUACGAAAUACUAUUAUUGGGUAUUUUCUUAUUUGUUAGCAUUUUUUGGAUAGAAUGAUGAUGAAUGAAUUAUUUGGAGGAUUGCCAAAAUGGAAGAUUUUGAGCUUAAUCUCAAUGGUUGCUUUAAGCUUGUUGUUGGCUUCAGCUGUGAUAAGAACCCAAAAUUCCCAGAUUAUCAAUUCCACCAUCACUUCAACUUCAGAUCAUCUUCUUUCCCAAUUUAUCAAUUUUUGGUGGCAACCUGAUCAAUCUGGUAACCACCAUGUUUGGCCGGAAUUUAAAUUUGGGUGGCAAAUUGUUGUGGGGUCUUUUAUUGGAUUUUGUGGAGCAGCAUUUGGAAGUGUUGGUGGUGUUGGAGGUGGUGGGAUAUUUGUGCCAAUGCUUAGUCUUGUUAUUGGGUUUGAUCCAAAAUCUGCAACUGCUAUAUCCAAAUGUAUGAUAACGGGUGCUGCAGCUUCAACUGUGUACUACUAUCUGAAUCUAAGGCAUCCAACACUUGAUAUGCCAAUCAUCGAUUAUGAUUUAGCUCUACUUUUCCAGCCUAUGCUCUUGCUGGGAAUAAGUAUUGGUGUUACUUUUAAUGUGAUAUUUGCUGAAUGGAUGGUCACAGUCUUGCUGAUCAUUAUUUUCGUAGGCACAUCUAUCAAGGCACUCUUUAAAGGCGUUGAAACUUGGAGAAAGGAAACGUUGAUGAAACAGGAAGCUAUGAGGUAUUUGGCAUCAAAUGGUGUUAGUGGUGGAGUGGAGUAUAAGCCCCUUCCUGAUUUCCCAGACAAGGAGGGUGAAGAAACAAAAGUUUCUGCCGUAAAAAAUGUUUGCUGGAGGGAACUUGGUCUGCUUGUGUUUGUUUGGCUGUCAUUUCUUGUCCUGCAGAUUGUUAAGGAAACUACGGCUACUUGUUCAACAGCCUAUUGGGUUUUGAGCUUGUUGCAGGUACCUGUUGCUGUUGGUGUAUCCUUAUAUGAAGCAGUCAGCCUGUACAAUGGACGAAGAAUAAUCUCAUCCAAAGGAAAUGCAUCCACUAUGUGGAAAGUCCACCACCUCGUCAUGUAUUGUUGUUAUGGGAUUUUGGCUGGUAUAGCUGGUGGAUUGCUUGGCCUUGGUGGUGGAUUUAUUUUGGGUCCCUUGUUCUUGGAGCUGGGAAUCCCUCCUCAGGUUUCAAGUGCUACUGCUACCUUUGCAAUGGCUUUUUCUGCAUCUAUGUCUGUUAUAGAGUACUACCUUCUUAAACGUUUUCCUGUCCCUUAUGCACUUUACUUUAUGGCUGUGGCAACUGUUGCUGCCUUUGUUGGACAACAUGCUGUCAGAAAGUUGAUAAUUAUUAUGGGGAGGGCAUCCUUCAUAAUCUUCAUUCUAGCUUUCACAAUCUUCAUCAGCGCCGUCUCACUAGGUGGUGUUGGCAUUUCAAACAUAGUUGGAAAGAUUCAACGACAUGAGUUCAUGGGAUUUGAGGAUCUUUGCAAGUACAAGGCAUAAGGCUUGUAAGCCUUUAUUAUUUCUCGGGGAUACAAUGCCCCGUGCUGUUAUAAUCAGUUACACAUUUUAUAUAACAGUAUUGUGUAUUAUCUUAGAGCAACGUUUCUACCUUGUAUUUGCAAAAGCACCGAUUCUUUAUGUACAGAUUUUAUUGUAUGUAGUAUUUUAUUUUGAAGAACAAAAUGUUGAAAAGCUCUCUUACGAAUAGCUCCUUGUAAUAACACCAGAUCCACAUUAACUGAUGAGCAAUUCUGUCCUCUUACUUUCA